AUGAUAAAAACCUCAAUUAUCCAUAAAUCAAAAACCAAUGUUGAAAAAGAAUCUGAAAAACGAAUUAAAGGUAUUUUAAAUCUAGAAGUUGUUGAAAAAUUGUAAAGCCUCAAUACAAUACAGUCACGCAAAUUUCCUAAUUUAAAAAAAGAAUUAAAUACAGGAUGCAUCAUUUAUAAUUUUCCAAUAAGACCUUAAGAUUAUAGAUACAUCUAUGACAACAAAUAAAUACCAUCAAAACUUUAAACAAUCUAAUAUGAUAAUGUAAGUUCAUUUGAUAAUGCAAAAUUGUAACGGCAAUCUUCUUUUGACAAUAAUAAUCAAUCACUUAAUGAUAACUCCAAACCACUUAAAUCUAGGAUUAAGAGAUUCUCAAUUAAUCAAUCAAUAUCCCAAAUAUAAAAAUAGAUCUUAUUGUUAAAUAAUAAAAAUAAUAGAUUCCUAUAAACUAGCUUAAGAUAAGAGAAUCAAAUAGCAUAAUUACCUCCAUUCUAUUUAAGAAAGAAAGGUAAAAUUUAAUUUAUUAUAGCAAGUUAAAGUAUGAGUAAAAACUAAUCACAAAAUAUUGAAAUUAAGUAGCCUGAACCAAGUAGAAGAGGCAAAUCUGUCUCUCAUAUUAUCUCAUAUGCAUCUAGACCUUAAACUGGUUUACCAAGUAAAGAAAAUAGAUAUUUGAUCGAAUGA